AGCGUGAAUAUACUACGAAUGUGGGUGGUUUAUUUUCAGUGUAAUUUGUUCUGAUUGGUAUUAAGGAGUAUCCGUUCGUGCAAGAAACGAAAUAUCUGAUGGUGAUUGUUAAAAGUCUUUCUCCUCACUUACACCGGAAUUUUCACCGUACACCACAAGAUUGUAUUCUAUUUGAAUCGCUUCAUUAUUUUGUGGUUAUUUUUUUUUUGGGCAAUCUUAUCCGUUUCACAAUCCGUAUAAAUAAGAAUUCUGAUCGAGACCAUGAAGUCAGUUGCAGUAACUUUGUAUGUGGAAGAAGUAUGAAACGAAUCGCGAUCCUUUUAGUUUCCUUGCUGGAAUGGGGCACCAUUUCCGCAUCUGUGACAGAACCAACGGUUGUGCUCAACAAAACAAAAAGGACACUGGCAGAUACCGCAACUUAUGGGGAAAAACCGGCACCACUAUUCUACGCAAUUCCUGAUGGAACAAGGCCAGACUUUUUCGCAACCACAAAAACAUUCGCCUUGGCAAAAUCUCCAUAUCCUGCUGUUUUUGACCCCGAAGUGCCAAAGCAAGUAGCUGCUCAGCAAGUUUUGUAUGAGUACCAACAAACACCAACUAACGCCGUUUCCAAUGUGCAUGUCAAACAGCUAUUUCAGCCCCUGGAAACCAGCGAAGCGAAUAAUACUCCGCAAUUUAACCAGAAUAAUCCCAUGGCACAACAACAGACCCAACAGCAGAAUAAUCAGAACGCACAUACGUCAGAAACUGUUGUUAAUCCCGUACAACAUAGUUCCUUGGUUAAUCACGGUCAAAACUACGCACAUGUGCAAAUUCAACCAUAUUAUCCUCAGCAUUACCAGACCCAUCAUUAUGUUCCUGGCAGGUACUUCUAUGUGAACGGAAAGUACAUCUAUCCACCUCUACCAGCGCAGCCACACCAUCCUGCUCAAAGCCAAAAUCAAUACCAAAGCAGUAAUAAUGCUCCCAACCAGGUCAACAAACCAGUUAGUUAUAUAACAUACGGAAAUACCCUUAACCUUCCCAAACAAAAAUUAACACCCCCACCAACUGGUUCACCGAUGAACUAUAACAAAUUCAUGCCACCUCAAAAACAAGACAUUCAACCAAUCACGAAACCAGUGCAGUCUUCCCCUCCAAAAGUGCGUGAAGAAGUAGAUGAGGAAGAAGAAAAUUCUUCAGUACAGAAAGAAGAUGAAAGAAAUCGAGAGAGAGAGAGCAGCGAAGAAGAGGACGAUGAUAAAUCUAACUACGAAGAAGAAGACGAAGAAAACGAAGAUCAAUACGGAAAAUAUUUCGAAGACGAAGAGGAAGACCGUGGAAAUUACAGGGAAGAACAGGAAGAAGACGAGGAAGACGAUAGCGACAGGAAAGCCUCAAGAGUAGUGAAAGUCCACAAGUCCCCAAGUAGAAAUAAAAAGAAUACCCCUACCAAAAAGCGCCAUAACGACAAGAACAACUACGCCUGGAGCGAGUCUUACAGCCAUAGCAGCAAAUAUGAAAAUGGCAAGAAAAAAUCCGACAAGAGCAAAGAGAGCAAGAAAUAUGAUACAACGAAAAAGGCUGGCAAGAAAAACAGGAACAAACCGAGGAAAGGAAAUGAAAAAAUCGAAGGCAGAUUCAGCCAUAACAUACCAGUAAUUCAUGAACAUAAUAUAUUCAGAGAAAAAUGGUAUUUAUCGAAAUCGAAAAAUGAUAGGAAGCAUUGAAGGGAAGAGUGAUACCUUCCCAACAAUUAAAGCGUGAUAUAGUUUAUGAAGAUCAAUUCAUCGAUUGUGAUAAGUAAUCUUCAUAAUUUUCGAGUUGAAGUCUGAUUGUUAUGUAUUAGGUUAAAUGAUGCCAGAAAAAUCCAUGGGAAAAUUUUCGAGAAGGCCCUUGAGCACUUUUCGCAUGCUGGUCUGAUAGAAACCGUUAUUAAUUCUAGCGUUGUUUAUGAAUAAAUCUUAUUUUUGUAGAAUAUGUAGAAAUUGAAAAAUAAAAUAUUUUUUUGAUGAAAAAA